AUGUUCUUAGUACUGAGAAUGGUGAUGACAGGAGUGCCACCCCUCUGUAAAGGGCUGGGUGUGGACAUCACAAGCCCCUCAUGUGCCUCAGUCAAAAGGAAGUAGUAGAUGGGCCAGCCACAAGGUCAAGGUGAAAGGGGAGUGGAAACACUUCCCCACUGAGGGAGGGGCUGUUCCCUUAGACAUCUGCCACAACCGCCAAGCAAGUUUUGCUGAGUUAGAGAAAUGGGUCCCUGUAAGUCAACAGCCUCAGGGUUUUGUACCCACGUGACACUGUUGACUUCACCCUGAUUGCUCCCACUUAAGUGGGGGCCGGCAGUCCCCUAACAAUUUUCAAAACUAAUGACUAAGAGAUGGGUGGCUGGAGCUGAGGUCCCUGAGUCAGGCUGUGGGUGGGAUCAUCUCCAGUACGGGAAGUGAGACUUCUCAUUUCCUCCUUUCCAAGAGAGGGCUGAGCCAGUAGGGUUGAGCAACUGGUACUGACAGCCGAGCUGUACUCUGGGUGAGGCAGUUCAGCCAUGAGGCUGGCUGUGCUUUUGUUGGGGGCCUUGCUGGGGCUACUGGCAGCCCAGGGGACAGGGAAUGACUGUCCUCACAAAAAAUCGGCCACUCUGCUGCCGUCCUUCACGGUGACACCAACGGCUACAGAAAGCACUGGAACAACGAGCCACAGGACUACCAAGAGCCACAAAACUACCACUCACAGGACAACCACCAUAGGCACCACCAGCCAUGGACCCAUGACUGCUACUCACAACCCCACCACCACCAGCCACGGAAACGUCACAGUUCAUCCGACAAGCAACAGCACUGCCACUCACAGUCCUGCCACCACCAGUCAUGGAAAUGCCACGGUUCAUCCGAGCAACAGCACUACCACCAGCCCAGGAUUCACCAGUUCUGCCCAUCCAGGACCACCUCCACCCUCUCCGAGUCCUAGCCCAGCGUCCAGGGAGACCAUUGGAGACUACAUGUGGACUAAUGGCUCACAGCCCUGUGUCCACCUCCAAGCCCAGAUUCAGAUUCGAGUCAUGUACACAACCCAGGGUGGAGGACAGGCCUGGGGCAUCUCUGUACUGAACCCCAAUAAAACCAAAGCUGAGGGGAGCUGUGAGGAUGCCCAUCCCCACCUGCUUCUCUCAUUCCCCUAUGGACAGCUCAGCUUUGGAUUCAUGCAGGACCUCCAGCAGAGGGCUGUCUACCUGAGCUAUAUGGCAAUGGAGUACAAUGUGACCUUCCCCCAGGCAGCAGAGUGGACGUUCUCGGCUCAGAAUGCAUCCGUUCGAGAUCUCCAAGCACCUCUGGGCCAGAGCUUCAGUUGCAGAAACUCGAGCAUCGUUCUUUCACCAGCUGUUCACCUCGACCUGCUCUCCCUGAGGGUCCAGGCUGCUCAGCUGCCCCAUACAGGGGUCUUUGGGCCAAGUUUCUCCUGCCCCAGUGACCGGUCCAUCUUGCUGCCUCUCAUCAUCGGCCUGAUCCUUCUUGGCCUCCUUGCCCUGGUGCUUAUUGCCUUCUGCAUCGUCCGGAGACGCCCAUCUGCCUACCAGCCCCUCUGAGCAUUUGCUCCAAACCCCAGGGUACUAGGGGGACUGGGAUCAGGUGUGGUGGGGUACCCUCAUUUCCUUGACAUGCAACUGGCUCAAAGACAAAGUUAUUUUACUUCCCUGUCUUUCUUGAAGAACAAAAAUAGAGUUGGGUACAAUA